GUAUCAGCCACCCGGCAAGUAAGCAGGAGCAGGCGAGCACCGGCAGGCAGUGAGUAAGGAAGACAGAGAGAAACGAGACGAGCCGGCGCAUCGGGAAGAGAGAGACGUCCAGUCCGCGGCGCCUGCGUGCUUGAUUCUUGAGAGCGAGCUCUCAUCCGAAAUCCAGGAUCCCAGUCGCGAGCGCGCCGCCGGUACAAGCCAUUCGCCAGGACGUGGAACGUCGUGUUCGUGGUCGCCGACCUGGCCACCCGGCGGCGACGGGCGCACUCCACCCACAUCGUGUGUGUCGCGCGCGACACGUUACUCCGCGACACGAGCCAACAAGUCAUCAGCACCUCCACGAGGUGUUCCGAGACCGGCCGGUGUUUUGCGCUAGAUCCUUUCUGGAUCAUCGUCUCGGCGUAUAUGUACGUUACGCGUCGCGUACUCUCGAUCACGCUGGAUCCUGCGUGCGUGAAAUUUGCGUGAAGAUCCGCCGCGAUAAUUGAUUCGUCAUCAGAUCGAUCGGGGAGUUUUCGUUUGUUUUACAAGAUCGACUGAUUCGAUGAUUGAAUAAGAGAGAUCAAAGAGAUCGAAGAGAUCGACGAAGAGAGUUCGUUACCAGGAGAUUUUGAGCGUGAUAUCGGGAUAUCGUGAUUAUCGGAGAGAUCGAGUUAGUGAUUUUAGUUAAUUUCUGUUUUCCGCGCGAUCAAGACGAUGCAGAUGGAAUGUGGAGGAUUUUUGGAUCAAAACCACGCAGCGAGGGGAAGGGAAGUUGAUGGGUGAUGGGUCCUCCGCGAAUUUCGAAUUUUGCGAAAAAAGAAUCGAAAAUUUAACAGUCAGAGUUUGACAGAUCGAAGAGCAAGUGGUUCCGAAUCGGUGGGACGAGACGGGAGUCGAGAGAAAAGACAAUCGGGCAGUGGCCGGGAUGUCAAUGAACUCGCGUACUCGUGAGGGAAGUACAUUGGGAAGAUCAAGUGUAAUGUAAAGAUCGAAGGAACGAAUGAUCAGGAAUUUCUUAGACUGUUUUUCGCAAGAUCGAAAUGGCAAACAGGCUUUUGUGGAAUAAUAAUAGCCAGCUCCAAUUAUCAAUGUUUGCAAAUAGUUUGCUAUAAAAAAAGCGAAAAUAUGAUCGACGAGCAGAUCUUUAUGCAAUGUAAGGCGUAUUAGUCGAUAAAAGUAAGAUCGAGAAGAUGUAUUACGUGAGAAGUAAUUACGAGAUUUUUAUGCCAUAUUGUGUGUGUGUGUGUGUGUGUGUGAGAGAGAUAAAUGAAGCAUAAAGGACCGAUAUCGUCCUGUUAUCUGAAGGAGAAUUAUAAUACUUACGCGAUUGAAAAAGUGGAGAAGAUUUUAAAACUUUAUACAUAUAAUAAUCGAGGAUUACACAAAGUAACAGUUCAAAGCAGUUUGGAUGCAUUAGAACGAAAGCGUUUCGUAUCAUUAUUCGUCCUAGUCAUCACAUCCACUCGGACGGUAACUACGUUAAUAAGAACAUCACAUUGGCCACCGCAACGUAAAUUAAUUCGUAGCAACGUACACAUACUGUCCCGCGCAGCACUAGCCGUUGAUUUCUACAUAUGUGAAGUUAUGAACGACGUCGUCAUGUAGCAUGAUUCUUCGCGGAACGACCUGUUGAUGAAAUAUGGGGUGGUUCUUUCUUGCCAGUAUUUUGCUGCUCUCCUUAUGCGGAUGCUGCGAAUCCGUCAAUCACAUAUUUCGCAAGCCUGAUGCGGCUGGAGCGCCGAUGCCACAGGGCGGUACUGGAGGUACAGGGACCCACGGUCAGGCGCAGGUCGGUUCGUCGCCGAGCACCCCGGGCCCCGGCGCCGUUGGUUCUAUCGGUGGUGCUAUCGGAAGCGGCGGCGGCGGCGCUACCGGCUUCGCCACUGGGGCUGCUGGAGCUGCCUCCUUCGGUCUCGGUGUAACCGGUGGAUCUAUCGUUGGAUCAACCGGUGGUGGAGCCGGUGGUGGUGCCGCCGCGUCCGGAACCGGAUGGUCCAAGGGGCCCGCUCGUCGGGGUCGCGGGUGGCGAGAUUGGCGCCGCGGCGAUCCUACCCUCAUCAAGGGCCUGUGGAAAGAGUCAAAGGGUCCUCUAGAUUCGCUAGGGCAAGCGGAGAUCUACAUCGUCGUGGCUCUUCUAAUCGGCUUUAUCACCGUGGUAAUCGGAUGCUGGCUGUCCGACAAUUGCUGGUCACCGGAACCGGAGGGGGUGGUAACCCUCGCAUAGCCUAGUGCCGACUUCCGUUCCUCUAGGCGAUAACAACUACCACGACGCCCCUCCUACAGGAUUCUUCAGGACCUCGGCCGCUAUCCGGAUCAUCGACGCGGUAACGCACCUGGCAAUCAUCGGCCGUUGCUCGACAUCAAUGACAAUGACACGCUGUUGCGCGUAUGAGAUUCACGUAUCAGGGAGACCUUCCUUGUCGAGGAGGCAUCGAUCGAUGCUUCUAAUGCUUCCUCGCAAAUUCCUGCUCGCGAAGGGCGGGCUUUCGAGCAGAGUCGGUUCUUGAAUGUAAAAAAAAUUAAAGGAAAAACGAGAUAAGAAGAAAGAGAUUCUGAAAAUGUUUGCUUCACACUGUAAUCAAUUUUUAAAAUUCACACAAAAUUCACGCAAAAUUCGACGCACGUCUUUUCCAAGCGAUAAUCAAAAAUUGGCGUAUUAAUUCAACACGAAAAGUUAUGCCGCAGCAUUUUAUACAUAGCGAAUACGGCUUGUUAUAUCGAAGUAAUAUGAUCUCUAAAAGACUGACUCUCCGCAGUUGUAAGUCAGUUCUCCUUUCGCGUCGUUAUAGCCAAGGGAAGAGAUUUUCUUAAACGUGAUUAACAUAAUUAGAUAUAUGCUCUGGAGCGUGUCUAGAUUCGAACGCGGACAGUUCCAUUGAGGAUAUUGAAUGUUCCAUGUCAUCCAUUUAACGGUUAAUUUAAUUAAUGCCUAAUUAUAAGCAGGCAUUGAUAGAGCGUCCAGCGCAUUGUUACGGAGUACUUGUGAUGGAUAUCAAUAUUAUUAUCUUAUUACGCAAUUAAAUGUCAGAAUCUACGACUGCCGGGAUAAUUGAUCUUCCGCAAAGCGCAAGUUACGAUUUGCAAAAUUAAGACAGAUUUAUAUUCAGAUUUGAUUAUGAUAAAUACCAAAGGAGAGAUCUUUGAAAUAAAGUAUCUUGAAUACAUCUGCGUUAUAUAUCACUACACAAACGCCAUUUGAUAACAACACAAUCAUCGAUUGAAACCAACGCGCGUUCUCAGU